CAGGUAAAACUAAUCAGGGCAGGGUAAACUUUUACACAGGAGCAGGAAGUAAAAUAGGAAACAAAGCAUAAAUGACACAAUGACAAAACAACACAGACAACCAGAAAACAGGAAAUCAUCACACUCAAAACCAAAAGCAUGACAAUAAUAGGAUUUAUCAUUGUAUUUUUUCAACAGGACACAUUUCACCUGCUGAAUAUAAUGCAUUCCACGCAGAACUCUAAUCACUGGACUUUAUCAGAGUUACUUGGGCAGCGGAAGCUGUUAGGGCUCGGAGCUCUGCUUGCAUGGCUUGUCCUCUUCCAUCUCCUUGUGAACGUUUGGCUCCUCUGCGUCUUCACCAGUCUCUUGGUCGUUCUAGGUGGGUGGCUUGGGUCUCGUGCUGUACUGGAUGCAAACAGCCUUCUCCACCUGGAACACUUUUUGCCUCUUGGCAAAGUUAGUCCACCUCUGUAUUCACCUGAGCAUGAGUGGAGGCUGAACCACGAGAUCCACAGUGCUGUCCACAAAGCGGUGCGUGACUUUGUGUCCUCAUGGUAUCGGACUCUGCUGCCAGAGGUGGAGGGGGAGUUUGAACGUGCGGUGCGUAACUCAAUGCUGGAGUCAGUGAUGGAGCUGAAGGAGCGUGCACAGCGAGUGGACAGAAAAGCACUGGUUCAACGGCUGCUAGAGUUGUAUGGCUGUCACCUGCAGAGCUACAUGACGGCACGACAGAUACAGUCAACGCAAAAGGAAGACAUUAGUCUCUGGCAGCUCUACAGUGAAGUAGAUGCCCCUCACCCAGCUGUGAGCAGUGCAGCCGCUGAGCUCAGCUACUCAAGAGUUCUAGUUAACCUGGUCUUACAUGUGCUUGUUCCUUAUCCCCAGUUGGAAACCAGGACUGGAGGUUACAUGGUUACAGAACUCAUCACCUGCAAUGUGCUGCUGCCGCUUAUAAGCAGGGUAUCUGAUCCUGACUGGCUCAACCAGACAGUGGUAGACGUAAUCAACAGGUCCAGAGAACCACAGGAAAUCAAUGUGGAUGAGCUCCCGGCAGCUGCACUGUACAGAUGUCAGAUCCAGCAGGAGUCCUGGACAACUUGCAUGUCACUGUCUUCUUCUGAUCCAGCCAGCCUCACCAGCAAAAGCACCUCUGACCUUGACGAUCUACUGAGCAAGAGUGAGAGGGAUUCCUCACAGAGCAGCAUGGUUAGCCUGACGUCUGCCGGGAAACUAGAAAGUAGCCACUCAGGUUUGCUCACAUCAUGCAAAGUGAACUGCUGUUCCCUCACAUCUGGCCGUUCCUCCCACUCAUCAGAGUCCAAAAUGAUUUCUUUGGACUCCCUAAUUCAAUCAGACUCCGAAGAUGACCUGACAGGAGGCUUUUGUGACUGUGCUUCUCCAAAACAUUUGUGCAACGCGAUCACUUUAAAGGACGAUGAGGCCUUCGGCUGCUUCGGUCCUCUGAAAAAUCUUGGGCCGAAGGUGGUGGUCCCCGAGGAUGACCAGUGGCCAGCAGGUAUAGCCCAAGACAAAUCCCCAGCUUGUUCGCCAAGAAGACUUCGUCUAACCUCCUGCAAUUUUGGUACCCCCAACAUCCAGGCUGCGCCUGCAAACAUCCAGAAUGUGCAAAUUUCUGGUACAGUCACUGCGAAGGAGCAGCGUGGCACAGGCACACAUCCCUACACUCUCUACACUGUAAAGUUUGAGACAGUGACUGAAGCAGAAAAUGCCGGUACUCCGCAGCCUGCGUCCUGUCACACUGUCCACCGGAGAUACAGCGAGUUCCUCAACUUGCAAACACGUUUAGAGGAGAAGCCUGAAGUAAAGAAAGUGAUCAAGAAUGUCAAAGGCCCCAAAAAAUUGUUCCCUGACCUCCCAUUCGGCAAUGCGGACAGCGACAAGGUUGAAGCCCGUAAAAGCCAACUGGAUACGUUCCUUAAACAAUUAAGCAGCUUUCCUGAGACAUCCAACAGCGAGGACAUGCAGGAGUUCCUGGCUCUCAACUCAGAUGUUUGCACAUACUUUGGAAGAAAGCCUUUUGUCAAGUCAAGAAUUGAUAAGAUGAUGGAAAAUGCUUUAGACACCUUGAAGACAGCCUUCCCUCACCCUGAGCCCCUUAGCCCAGUGGAGGACCUUGAGGGAGAUGCAGAUGGAAGAACAAUGGACAACAAAAAGUACAGGAGGCUUAUGUUCCCAAGCAAAAUUUCCCCAUCUCUUCCCCACAUUCCUGACCUACAUCCUAAAGUGACAUACUGCUUUAGUGAAGGCAGCGCUGUCCUCAAUGGGAUGUCUCUGUCAGGCCUGGAGAGCUUUGUCACAGAGCAGGAAAGACUUUUAUGUGGGCCGAACAGGAAAGAGACAAGCAGGCAGAGCUGUGAGCAACCUGGCAAAGACAGGAAGACUUCAGGGAAAACUCACGGGACAGAUACAGCUGUUGCAGAUGUUGCUUUGAACAUCUUGUGUCUGCUGAUGAAGGACCAGUGGAGUUGGCUGUGCACUGAGAACAUACAGAAGACCAUCAGACUGCUCUUUGGCACCUUCAUUGAGAGAUGGUUGGAUGUAGGAGUUGCUCACCUUAUCAGUGCCCCCUGCUGGGUGAUUUACCUACAAGUGCUGCAGGAAGCUGUAUGGCCAGGUGGCACACUGCCUGCCCAACCAGGGCCAGAUCGUAGUGCUGCAGAAAGACAAGAAACCAAAGAGGAAUGUCUGGACUGUCUAGUGCAGCUGCUCCCAGAGUUCAUCACUGACAUGCUGGGAAGUGAGAAGUACAGACUGAGCUUGGAGACUAUGCUGGAAUCUUUACAGGACCAUCAGAUAAACAAGCACCUGAUCUACUGCAUCUGCGACCUGCUGCUGGAGUUUCUGAUUCCCGAGUCAUGUGAGGAGGCCUUCCAGAGCUCUCUGCUGCAGAGCCUGGCCAAAGACAGUGACAGGGACACUCCUCACACAUGAUCAGCACAUGAUAACACUCACAGUAAUGUUUUAGUAUGAGUGUAUGAGGUUUGUGACAUAUUCAUAAUAGGCCUGUACUGGAGUCACUGGUGUCCACGGGGUGAUGACACAGCAUGGCAGCAGUCAAUAUCUGAGUGGUCAGUGGUAAAAGGGAGAUUGUUGUUCGCCUUUGUGCGGUCACAUCAGAAUCGUGUGGCUUCACCUGGCUUCAGAAAUUUAUAAUGAACUCCCCUUCUUUGUGACUUACUGUGACAUGAAGAGGAGAAAUGUAUUUAUAUUUUUGAAACAUUUUAAACAAGAUGUUACUGUUUAGAUUAAAGCUUUAUCUGGUUCAGUUUAAAGCUUCUCUCAGAAGCACCUUGAGUGUUGUUACUUUUGAUUUAAUGUUUGAAUCGAAGGAAACUUUAUAUGAUGACAGCUCUAAAAGCUAAGCAAUUUCCUUGCUCAGAAUAUCUGACUGUGAAUAGACAUGUAAGGUCAUCCCUGAACUGCACAGUUACAGUAUGUUAACUUGUGUCGUGCAGUGAAACUCUAAAAUUGGAUUGUAAUAAUAAGAGUUUGUAUUGGCAUAAGUAGUUUUACCUGACCAUCUCUGUGAACUGUUUAUGAAUGAAGAAAUUAGUCUGACCUUAAUAGUAAUGGAAAGGAAGAAUAGAUUUGUGUGAAAAGAGUUUUAAGAUUUGCCUCAUAUACUUUCAGUGUUAGUCUUCCCAUGAUCUUUUGAUCCUGACCAGCCUUCUCAGAGAAUCUUUUUGAUGAGCCUAUAGUAGUGUUAAACACCCUACUGCACGACUAAUGAAACAAGUUUCCUUUUAAAUUUGACAUAAAUGAUAAAUUAACAAAUUCAGUAGCAUCUAUUAAGAGUUUACAUAUGGCAACAAUGCUUUUAAGAUUUUCUCUCGCAAAGUAUGAAGCCAGUUUUUCUUGUGACAGCAGUUGCUCAAACUUUGAGGGUAGUCAGAGUAAUCAGUAGCCUGAGAUUAUAGUCUGAAAUGGCUAAUACUGCUGGCAUUGUCAGAUGCUGUCAAUUUCAAAACAAUGGUUGUUAAGCAUUGUGCCACAACAAUGUCCAACUUGAGUGAACAUCACCUGGAUCAGAAAAAAGUAGAAAUUACCAUAUAAACUCUGCUACAUUACAUUUCAGAAAGAAAUCCAAUGUAAUUGCACUAAACCCUUAAGUGUCUUUAUGUGUGUCCUGCACUGAGAGCUGAUGAUGCAAGUGCGAUGCGAGUACAAACACUGAUCUUUGUUGGCCAGAGAGAGACAGGGAUUCUCCAAUAUUGAGAUGUGACCUUUUAUAAAAGAGAGUGUUAGACUAAAGUGUGGUAAUAUUUCUACUCUACUACCCCUUUAUAACAAACAAGCUCAAAGAGAUGUGAUAUAGUUAGAAUCAUUUCAAAGCGUUCAUAUUCUUAUCACUUAACUCUAGUUAAAGAGACAUCUGUAAUUACAUGUUUGAAUGCAAAACACUUUCAGUUUAUUGAUUUUCUGGUUGUGUUUCAAUUCCUGGAUGUAGGAUUUAAUAGGCGCAAUGGAGGACACAUACAAUAAAAUACAAUCUGUGUACAAUUCAAGACAAUGGUCCUGCAACAAAUACUAUCUUUGUGAAUCUUUAAGAUGGUACUUUGUAUAGGGGGUGGACACAACAGGAAUACCUGACAACAGUCCAAACAACAUCUAACAAUGUUGUUUUGUGAUGCUAACAAUGUUCACAUAAGAUGUCAGUGUUCAGAAGGACUUCAUAGAUUAGAUUUUAGGUACAUUAAGCACCACUUACUUCUUUUCUCAUGAUAUCAAAGACUGAUACUGGCGAACUCCCCCCUCCUGUGUCAUGCUUUGUGAAACCAGAGGAGACAAAACGCUGAGGCUGCAUUAAUGGUUGCCUCAUACCUCUCAAAGUCAAAGCAGCUGUAUUUUCACCACAAAUCUCUCAACAGGACUAACAUCUGUGAAACGUCACAGCUAAUAUCUGACUACAAUCUCAGUUUCAUUAACUACUGACUAUGGAUUAAUUAACUUAUUUCAGUUGUAUCUAGGAAAUGUUUAUAUAUUUAUUCAAUUAAAAAUGUCUGUGUAAUAUGUAAAA